AGCCGUUGUGGCCCGAUAGGGAUCGGUCUCCUGGGUGCUGCCGCCGGCGUGUGCGGACGGCCAGCGGGAGGCUGGGGCGCCAUGGCGGGCAAGGGAGCGAACCUGCACAGUGUCAUGGUCAAGAAUGUCUCCACGACGCCCGAGACAUUCUUCGACGUCAAGCACAAGCUCCAGGACGUGUUCAGCAAGUUCGGCGAGAUCGGGGACGUGCACCUGCCGAAGGACCGCAACUUCGCCUUCGUACGCUUUCAGCGCCUCCAGGAUGCCGAGGACGCCAUGAAAGAAAUGGACGGCAAGGACUUCGAGGGGGACGAGCUGAGGUGCCAGAUGGCGACGCAGCCGCCCAAGCCAGGGUACCCGCAGGGGGGCCGGUCGCGGUCAAGGUCGCGCUCCAGGCGCGAGCGCCGCCGCUCGCCCUCGCGCGAGCGCCGCCGCCGCCGUGGCGACUCCAGGGACCGGCGGCGCCGCGACUCGCGGAGCCGGCGGCGCAGGUGAGCCCUGCAGAGGGCCCCGCGGAGCGCCGCCGCGGGGCAGCGCGCUGGUGAGCGCCGAGCGGGCGGGCUCCAGGGCCGAGGCCUGUCGCCGUGCCUGCAGCGCGCGCCCAGGGGGGCAGCGGGGGUGGGGUGUUCCCGCGGGCAGGUUCGACAUCUGACCCGGGCGGCCGCGCCAGGGGGAGAGGGACGGGAAGCUACAGGCACGGACGCCGGGCGCGGCGGUGUUCAGCCCAACCUGCAACUUGGCCAGGUUUGCUCUCCUCCUCCUCCUCCUCCACACACACCCUUCCCUCCUCCUGAACCGCAGCUUGGCCAUAUCGUUUGUACCACGGCCAGCCGGCCCACGUAGCCUGGCCAGCUUUGCUCUCUCCCGCGGGGGCCGGGGCGGCAGCUCGCGGCGGGGCGGCGCUGGCAAGAUCUUGUAAGAAACGGUGGCUAUGGCAGAGCCUCGGC